UGCAAUCUGAUUAGCCAGCCACACGCUCAAGUAGUGGAAAAUGUGGCAUUUCUUUUGUAUUCUUCUAGCCCUUCUGAGUUAUGGCAUAUGACCAUCUCUCUCCCACUGGAAUAUUAAUAUUUUUCAGCCAAAGGCCCAAGCAUAAGUUCACACGUAUCCAUCACAUUCACACCUCUGCCCCACUUUCCCAUCUGGGUUUUCUUUUCUUGAAAAUUUUCAUUUAUUGUUCGGUUAGAGAUUCCCUGCCCACCCAAGAACACUCACAUUGUCUGCACCUUACGGUUGGUGCAUUUCGUGUUCGUAAAAAUUUGUUUCCUCCAAUACCCAUUUGCAAUAAUAGCUCCUGAUCUCAUUUCAUUGCUUGGGUUGCUUUUGUUUCCCUUUGUAUUGAUUAGCUCCAACUAUAUGCCAUUCUUGGGUUCUUGUUUCUCUCAUUAUUUAUUUGCUCGUUAUCCAUUUGCCAUUUACUCUUGAUCUACAUGGGUUUUAUGUUUUUUCCAUCAAUAUGCCCACCUUGAUGCUUGUGGUGAGCGUUUCUUUCUGAUUUAUGAUGUUUCAGGGAGGUUAGAAAUUAGAAAAUGAAGAUAGGAAGACAGUGGGAGAAAGUAUAAAAGGGAUCUGCUGAUCAGACACAUGAUUAAAGGAUUGUAUCAUGGUGGCUGUUUCUCAAGAGACUGUUAUGGCUAUUAAAUCUUACCAGAGUCAGGCUGAGGUUCUGGUUAAGAAUUACAUAUUAGCAGCUCCUUUCAUUCCUUACACUUCUAUCCUUGGUGGCCUAGUUGCUUCUAAAUUGGCAUUUGAUAUUACUCAGUUAAUAAGCACUUUCUAUAUCAAGAAUUAUGCUGGUCUUACAAAGAUUCAACGAAUUGAGUGGAAUAAUCGAGGGAUGUCUUCUAUUCAUGCAAUUUUUAUCGCAACUUUAUCAUUGUACUUGGUAUUCUGGUCAGACCUCUUUUCUGAUCACCAGUCUACUGAUUUUGUUACUUUACGAAGUUCACCACUCUGCAUUUUUGGACUGGGGGUUUCUGUUGGUUACUUCUUUGCUGAUCUUGGGAUGAUUUUCUGGUUCUAUCCUUCUUUAGGAGGUUUGGAGUAUGUUAUCCAUCAUUCCCUUUCAGUAAUUGCAGUAGCUUAUUCUAUGUUUUCUGGAGAAGGGCAGCUGUAUACAUACAUGUGCCUCAUCUCCGAAGUGACAACUCCAGAGAUUAAUAUGAGAUGGUAUCUAGAUACAGCUGGCAUGAAGAGAUCCACAAUGUAUCUUAUCAAUGGAGUAGUGAUCUUUCUUGCUUGGUUGAUUGCAAGAGUACUGCUGUUUGUUUAUAUAUUUCACCACAUCUACCUGCACUAUGAUCAGGUUGUCCAGAUGAGCCCCUUUGGUUGCCUCGUUGUUUUUGCGGUGCCAUCAGCACUAUUUAUAAUGAAUCUGAUGUGGUUUACUAAGAUCAUUAAAGGAUUGAUGAAAACUUUAGCAAAGAGACAGUGAUCUUUAUCAUCGUACAUACAAAGGUCAACCAACAUGUUCCUCUCAAUGGAUGUAGCAUUCCUCUGUAUUAUACUGUGUUAUCCACUGUACAAAUCAUUGAGGGGACAAAAAGAGAGGAGAAGAAAGGAAAAUAGAAGGUAAUCUAAUUUUCUUAGUUGAUGGAAUCAAGUUGUUGUAUAUGAUUUUACGUCAGUUAUUCAGUGAUCCUUUUAAAAUCUUACAUAACAUCCCUUUUCCUCCAUUUUGAGAUGAAACAUUUACAGGUUUAGUUCUUGCAGUUUAGUAUAUUUGGAUGUUAAAAGAUAAUGGGGCUCCCUUAAUGACAAAUUUCAUUUGCUGGUUAUCAGUUUUUUUAAAA